UUAUAAUUUAAGUCCAUACAUCAUGUUUAGAUUACAUUUUGCUCAGAAUGAGAAAAGAUAAAAGAUAUUUCAUACGUCUUGAGUUAUCAGUUAUUUUUUAUCGUAGCUAAUUAGAAUUGCAGAUAAGAUGUGUUUGGUUUGUUUAAUACAUUCAACAAACGAGUCUCGCACAUUACGGUCGCCGAUUGAGGCUUACGAAAAUGGCUAGUUUAUUGACACAGAAAAGUUUAGUUGUUGGAAAGUUAACGAAAUAUGUUAACGAUUGUGCGAAAAGGCUUUCCUCGCAUUUUAUUUACUAUCCCGAUAAUGAGAAACCAGUUUCGGGUGAAACAACCAAAAUGAAUAUGAUGCAAGCAAUAAAUAACGCUAUGGACAUAACAUUGAGAGAUGACCCAACUGCAGUCCUGUUUGGUGAAGAUGUUGGCUUCGGUGGAGUGUUCCGAUGUGCUCUGGGCUUGCAGGAUAAGUAUGGUAAAGACCGUGUUUUCAACACUCCGCUGUGUGAGCAAGGUAUUGCUGGGUUUGGUAUUGGUCUGGCGACGGCCGGAGCAACUGCUAUUGCUGAAAUACAGUUUGCUGAUUACAUAUUCCCUGCAUUCGAUCAGGGUACAAUUUGGGAGAUACAACGAAGGGCGCUGCCCCGUGCUGCGCAGCUGGUGAGCGAGGCGGGCAAGGCGCGCUACCGGUCGGGCGCGCAGUGGGCGUGCGGCGCGCUGACGGUGCGCGCGCCCAGCGGCGCCGUGGGCCACGGCGGCCUCUACCACUCGCAGAGCCCGGAGGCCUACUUCGCGCACACGCCCGGCCUGCGGGUGGUGAUGCCGCGCGGUCCUAUCGCGGCCAAGGGCCUGCUGCUGGCCUGCAUCAGGGAGCAGGACCCCUGCAUCUUCCUGGAGCCCAAGAUCCUGUACCGCUCCGCUGCUGAGGAGGUGCCCGUGGAGGACUACACGCUGCCGCUCGGCAAGGCGCAAAUACUCAGAGAAGGCAGUGCGGCGACGCUGGUGGGGUGGGGCACGCAGGUGCACGUGCUGCUGCAGACGGCGCAGCUCGCGCGGGAGCGGCUCGGCGCAGACGUCGAGGUCAUCGACCUGCAGUCCCUGCUGCCCUGGGACGAGGACACCGUCUGCAAUUCCGUAAAGAAGACGGGUCGCUGUCUGAUCGCACACGAGGCGCCGCUCACCUGCGGCUUCGGCGCUGAAGUCGCCGCCACCGUACAGGAGGAGUGCUUCCUGCACCUGGAGGCGCCGGUGCAGCGCGCGGCGGGCUGGGACGCGCCCUUCCCGCACGUCUACGAGCCCUUCUACCUGCCCGGCGUCUGGCGCUGUCUGCACCACCUCACCCGCCUGCUGCGCUACUGACCGCCUCCUCCUCCUCCUCCUCCUACCUACAUGAUACAUUACAAAUAAACUUUAUACAAACGUA